AGCAUGAUGUUAUGUCUAUGACCACAAAGAAAAUUGUUCCAGCGAAAAUGAUUUAGUGACAAGGUAAGAUGACCUCCUUCUUGGUUCUUCGCUGUGAAACCACGACAAACACGAUGCCUGUCCCAAGGCCCGCAGCGUCACUGGUCAAGAUGGUGAAACAAGCGUCGUGAGCACCAGCACCGGUUCCGAAAACGAUUAACGGCAACGGCCGAAACCGUUAGAAAUUCACGCUGGUACGACGGGAACCUGCGGCAGUUCUCCAAGGACUAAAAUCCUCCCGACGCCAUCCAAAUCAAAAACGGCCUAUCCUGUGCAAAAGUUUCGUACUCGUAUUGCAGUCAUGCAUUUACAAAUCCUUUUCUCAAGGUAAAUCCGCAUUACAAAUUUUAUUAUUAUUUCUCAUGCUGAGGAAAUUUGUAAUGCAUUUAUACGAAUACGAUACUUUUGCAGUUGAUACGACCCCAACGGCGACCAAACAUGUUGCGGUUUCUCAAGGGCCUUUCCGGAGAGCCGGAGUACGUGCCUCUGCCAGCGGACUUCCAGCCCGUUACCUACACGAAAGACGAACAAAAUCCUGGAUCAGGUGAAAUUUCUUUUUCAAAGUAGCACAAUUUGUCUUGCAUAAAAUUUGUGAUUCUUGUUUUGCAUCAUGACUCUGUCCUUGCAUAUCCUAUUUUCAAGUGCUCCAUGUGUGUUGCGUACCUGGGAAAAAAGAUCAGCUGGCGCUCUGAAUUGUACGAAAAAGCGCACUUUUGCAAGUUGUGCUCCGACAUGCGUUGAGAAACCUCUCUUUUGGCUACCACAAAUUCCAGGCGGACAAACGAGCGUAUCGAUGACGGUCAACACGUUCAAAGCGCUUCUCCUGCUGCACUUCCCGAAACGAGUCGCACCUGCUAUGGACUGCAAAAGUAUCGUACUCGUAUAAAUGCAAAUCUUGCAUAUGCAUUGCAAAUCUUUUAUACUAAGGCAAAUCCGCAUGACAAAUUCCAUUUCUUAUGCUAAGGAAAUUUGUACUGCGCUUAAUACUAGUACGAUACUUUUGCAUUGCAUACCUGCUUCUCUGCUACAAGUCUUACGGAUCACCGAGGCCACGACCCCACCACAAGCCUCGCCAAGUUCUGGCAGCGGAGACCGUAUCAGACGGAAAAAUCCCCCCUCCCCACAUCGAAAGGGAAGUCUGUGAUGCUGUAUUUGCGUACACAAAUCAGCUUUGUCUUGCAGUAGAGCACUGCAGGCAGAAACAAAGCCCGCAAAGGGGUGGCUUGAGGUAGUCACUUAGCAUGGCAGAUGUCUGCCCCGUUGGCGCAGCAGCAUUACAAAUCGCCUGCGAAAUGCGGCGGAAGCUCUGGCUUCGCUCUCUUGCAAGACAGACUCGAUUUGUGGCCACAAAUCAGCAUCGCAAAUUUUGAAAAGCGCGCCUCUUCGAUAUGGGGAGGGGGGAUUUUUGCUCACAAUAGACCGGUCGAGCUUGCUAGAGGAGGGAGAUUCGCUGCUACACAGUUCGCAAGGUGGCAGCCCGCAGAAUAUCGAUGACAAAAUUUGAUGGUCGAGGCAGGUUUGUCAUGCGUCGUGUUUACCUUAUUUAUUCCAAGCAUUACACGAUUCUUUUACUGGAGUUGUUGUAGCUGCAACACGACAAAUUUGCUUUUGUCUUGUCGGAUUCAUUAGGGUAACUACAUUGUAAACACGCAUGACAAGCUUGGCCACGAACCCACAAAUUUUCGCAACGAUCGGACAAGCACGGAGUUUCGGCAGCAGUCCGCGGACCCCAGUAUCAAAAUGAAAAAUUUCCCCUCCCCAUACUGAAAAGACAUACUUCUAAAGAUUUGUGAUGCUGAUUUGCGAACGCAAAUCGUCUCUGUAUUGCGAGAAGGCAAAGCCAGAGACUCCGCCAGGUUUUGCGGGAAAUUUGUAAUGCUGUAUGGCGUGCAGAGGAUAAGUCUCCCUUGCAACCAGGCGCCAACAACAAAAAGGCCCAGCCCGGGCAUGGCAUCUGCAUGCAGUCCUCUACGGCAAGAAAAUGCUGACUUGUGUACACAAGUCCUGCAUCACAGACUUCCAAUUUGAUAUGGGGAGGGGGGAUUUUUCAUUUUGAUACCCAGCAGCUGUUGUUUCGGAAGAACUUCUAGAAGAGUAUCGGACGGAAACUAUUUUCAAUCUCAGUAUGGUACUAUCAGGGGCUGAUUUUUCCUUCAAAAUGCAAAGAAAGAAAGUGAAACACAGUUCCACUAUUUUGAAUUCGAAACAUCGAAAAUUCAAAUUAUUAUUAUAUGACUGCUCACGCAUGACAAAUAAGUACUGAGUCGAGGUUUCCGUGCGAUAAACCUGGCGAAGAAAUGAUCGACUUUGUGCUCCUUCCAACACCGACUACCGCUUCUGCAGCUCAUGCUCCAAGCUGCUCGAAACCGUCUGCCGCCUCUGCAGAAGCGAGAACUACGGCAACCUCACCAGAAGCGGAGUGUAGCACCGCUAUCGCCGAUAUAUCCAGCGCAAACGUAUUGUAGCCACGUCACUUGCAAAAGCAUUAUCGCACGACCACGCUUUUUCGUUUUUUACGUCCAGGAUCAUAACAAGUUUUUCGGUUUUACCAUUGUUAUGGUCCUGCGAAGACUCAUACUGGUACCGUAGCCGUAUUUACAAGUAGUACUAUAAAUACUUUUGCAAUUGCAUAGCACCAGGAGACCAGCAAGACCACGACAGCCAGUUUUUCAUCCGAGAGUGCAACAGAACACAAGCAGGUACCACAGCCCGCGUCGAGCAAGUCAUCUGUUAACACCCUGAAAAGUGAGGCCGCGACAACGGUGCAAUCUGCUGAAAACUCCGCUGACUUAGUUCUAGUCCCAGCGUCGGCGGCUGCGGUCCCACCCGGCUUUCCAACGGGAGUCUCACCUGGCGCGGCAAAAACAAAGGACGACGAUAGGCCAACCGAUAACUAAGAAAAUGAACGAGUAGGUGGCAAGAGCUGCCUCAGCAUCGAUUUGUUCUUGUCACUGACUGUAUGGCAUAGAUAUCUUUGCAUACAACUCGAUCCUUUUCCUUUUCGUAAAGCCUGAUAUACUGUCUGACUCUGGUAAAACUGCUCGCAGUGGUCUGUAAAGUACAAAUCGAUGACAUUGCAAUUGCAUACGACGAAGGUGGCGACGGUUCGGGUGGUGGAGCAGAGCGUCGGACCCGGGUUCUUUCCAGAUGCGUCUCCUGCUACAGGUUACAACCUGAAACCAGGUGACUUCCUACCCCUGAUGUCCGAAAAGUUUGAUCUCGACGAUGAAGAUGCCUAUGAGGAUUUUCUUUUGCUGUUCCAAGACCACCUUGCCCGCUUGCCGGAAUGGCUCUACGUCGAACAGUUUCGCGAACACCUGCUCUACCGCACCGACAGCAGCAUAAGAAGGGUUGCUUAUGGUUUUCUGUGUGUCAACAGUAAUACAGGAAAAUUUGACGCUGAGGCGCUCAUUCCAUACACAGUCGCGCGGAUAACAGCAUGGGAAGAGAGCUUCGACCUCGUGCCGGAGUUAUAUCGGGAAAGGAGGCCACUCUGGGCGAAAAUCUACGAAGCAACCGAAGCGGUUCUGCGCGUGCUCAGCCAUUGCCCGGAGGCCAGACGACGCGACGAAGCUGCCCGAUCGUGCCCGAGUGGCCGGUGUGAACACUUUCACAACACAGAUGGCAGUAUUGACCCGGAGCGACUGCAGAUAAUGCAGGGAAAGUGGCAGUUGAUGAUGCAACUGCUUCUCCUGUCUCCGUCUGUUACUGGUUUUUGGCGCAGAGGGUUUUAUAGGUGGGGCAUAGGAGCACACCAACGACGAUUCCUGUCUUUACCAGACAUAGUCAUGAGACAGCUGGGCGGUCCGGAUGGAUAUCAAAUAUAGAAGAGUACACCAAUACGUUUUUUGCCAUGAGAGGUCUCGAUGCAAAGCUGCGCUGCAUUGCUCAACACAGAAGAGAGGGUCGUUUUAUUGAUCACUGAAAACACACCAGCACGUAACCACAAUUCACAGUGCCGACAUGGUUGUAUUGGUUUGCUUCAAUGCGUGAUGAUGAAGUACUGGGGAACAUAUUGCCGAAUUUUGAAGAUCGUCACACGUGGCAUCGCACCUACUACCUGUUUGAAACGGACUUGGCCGAAAUGUUGCGUAUUGCUGACGACCACCAGUCCGAAGACGAGCGGGAAAGAGCUAUCCUGGACGAAUGCGAGAGGAUUCUCGCUGCCGGAGGGCACUGUAUCAGAUUUCUGAAAAAAAACCUUUGUGCAUCCCGUGGCGGACAGUCACAUGAACCAAGCCACUAGACGCGAUCCGCUUCGUCAGGCGCGCAGUGCUCCUGCUUGUCCACCUUGUGUAUUUUUUCCCAUUAAAGGCGGCAAACUGGGGAUUAAGUUCCUUGCAUUUGUUGGCAAGGUAUCAACUGCAAAAAUGUCUGGGUCUGGAAACUUGUGAUGCAAGUGAGGGAAAAAAAUGCGCAUACUGUAAUGCACUGGCAAGCAUGACAAGUUUUUCCGUGGUUCAAAGUUGCGUACUCCGCAUGAGAAACUGCGUUUUUGCAUGACAGGCAAGAGAAGCCCUGCGCGGCCACGCAAUACAGAGCUCAGAGUCAUGCCGGACUAGCAUGACAAAUCCCGGAAUCUUCCAGACCCAGACAUUUUUGCGUUUGAUACAAUGGAAGUUGGCCGCUGACUUCUUGCACCCCUAAUGCCACGAAUUUUCAGCGCGGUGUGUGUUCUCAUGGAAACAGCCUGAAGGGAUUACGCGCAAAAGCUUUUGACUAGAUGAUACUUCAUCCAAACUACCAACCUGCUUCUCCGGUUCAGACAAGCGAUCAAGAGCAGAGCAGCGCUGACGCACCAGAUACCGACGUGGGAAAAGGCCGAUGGGUGUUACGGUCUACGCGCUGUUGGACCGAGAGGACCUUCGCAGCAGACGGGCAAGGAGCAGCAUCUUCCCGCGGACUGAUGAUUUGGACCCCAAAAGACCGUCACUUUUACUUUCCUUCGCAGGCAGGCAACAGUUGUGAAUUCCUAGACCCUCAGUACAUUCUGCAGCGGUGGUUUAUUUUUGAGGCAGAAGACAGAACUGCUUGCGCAUUUCCCUGGGCGGUGUUUUUUCGAGUAGCACGAGCGUUCAGACUGCAACUACACCACUGGGAGUUCCCCCUCUUUCCACGGACACUAGCACCGGUAGCCACCCCGUUCCGAAUGGCCAUGUUCCCACCACCUCAGUGGGCCCCAUGGGGGAGAAUUACCAACGCGGACGUGCCUCUCGGGUGUGCGGUUCCAGCUGGAUUGGUUCCUCGCAUCUUGGGAUUCCUGCCCUGGCGGUUCUUCUCGAAGAGAAGCGAAUACGAGCACCCAUUCUCAUUCAGCGACAAACGUGAUGACAAUGUGCGCAAUUGGUCCUACCGCGAUAAUAUUUUGCCGCUGCCUGAGUACCAGCGCGGAGUGUUUUUCGAACCGGUACCGGAAAGAUCUGGAGAAGAAAAUAAUUGUCCGCCGAAAAUAAUCAACGUCAACCGAAUCCUAGUUGCCUUGUUUGACUUGAUUACUACCCCCGCACCCGGAUGUGACGCCGCAUGCAGGACUGAAGAAGCCGGCAUUGCUUUUCCAUGUAAAGCAGCGGACCAACAGUCCCAUGCCCAACGUCCGCCAUUAGCAUCUACUGCAGCACGGUGGAUAAACAAGCACUCGCUCAACACCGUGAGCGUGAAUUCGCUUGUAGAUCUUGACCACGUCUUCUUCCCACGAACAGCGGGACAAACGUACACGGAAGAAGUGCGCCGCCUCCGGCGCGAAGCUCCUGUACAUCACAGGUCGGCACUUGCUGAUGACGAUGACUACCUCCGCAGAAUCGGCGAAACAUAUGCCUUCGAAAAGCUAUUUGAGCAGUACACCACCGUCAAAGCUUCUGCUGGGAAAGGCGACACGCAGGUGCUAUUCGAAGUGUGUGACUUCUUCGCGCCGUCGUGGCCCGACGAGCUUCACAAGCUCAUUGCGCUGUACAACUCCUGCAAGGAGCGGAACCAACCGCGCGAGAAUGACGAUCCCCCCGACGGUGACGAAAACGUAUCGCGAAUGGGAACUGACUACAUUCAUUACCCUGAGCCCUCGUCCUGUAGUGCCGAGCCUGUCACAGCGCCAACACUAAGAACUCGAGGAAAACCGCUUCCAGUCAUUGACAAAUCAGCCCAGACCAACACCCGCGACGCCCGGCGCAUGCUCUUCAUCUGGCGGCACCACCUGCAGCUGCUGAAGCCGAACGCGUGGACGAUGUUGGAUGUCGAGUUUUCCACCUUGCUCGCGCACGGCCGCUACGACUAUCCUCUGCAAAAUAAGUAUCGUACUCCUACCCGUAUUGCAGUCAUGCAUUACAAAUCUUUUACUUUUUCUUGAGGUAGUUCAGCAUUACAAAUUUUAUUUCGCAUGCUGAGGAAAUUUGUAAUGCAUUUAUUUUUAUACGAGUACUACGAUACUUUUGCAAUGCAUAACAGCGACUGCAGGGCAAUUCUGGAAAAACAACGGGAAAUCAUGGCGAAGUACCGAGGUGCUGCCGGGUCUGGCGUUGCGGGUCGGGCAAAGGUCAGUGCGUCUCCGCCGACGGCCUGACCCUGGGACUUGGCGGGGGACACAAGAUCGCGCCGUAGAAGCGGUUAACGCUGGGAUGAGGCGGAAGGUUUGCAGCAGAGCCGUCUUUUAUGAUUCGAUAGCACGGUGUGGAAAACACAAUGUUGAAGAGGUCGUUGAUCAUAGCUACGUGACGGGCCCCUGAGUUACAUCGCAUUCGCAAGGAGGUUUCGGCAAAAUUAUUUUCUCUCCAAGUAGCAAGAAAAGGAAUAGGAGAACGGAACAACGAAAAAAUACAGCGCUGGUGAGUAAACCUCCGCGAGGGG